GCUUGAUGGAGACCGGCACCGCAGUCAUGAGUCGCUUCAAGUUCGUGGAUAUUGGUAUCAACUUGACAGAUCCUAUGUUCAGAGGAAUUUAUAGGGGGGUUCAAAAGCACCAAGAUGACUUACAAGAUGUAAUACAGAGAGCUGUCCAAAUUGGUGUUAAAAAGUUUAUGAUUACAGGUGGAAAUCUACAAGACAGUAAAGAUGCACUGCAUUUGGCACAAACAAAUGAUAUGUUUUUCAGUACAGUUGGAUGUCAUCCUACAAGAUGUGAUGACUUUGAAAAGAAUAACCCUGAUCUUUACUUCAUGGAAUUGCUAAAUCUUGCUGAAAACAACAAAGGGAAGGUUGUAGCAAUAGGGGAGUGUGGUCUUGAUUUUGACCGACUACAGUUUUGUCCCAAAGAUACCCAGCUCAAAUAUUUUGAAAAACAAUUUGAAUUGUCAGAACAGACAAAAUUACCAAUGUUUCUUCACUGUCGAAACUCACACGCUGAAUUUUUAGAUAUAAUGAAGAGAAAUAGAGAUCGGUGUGUAGGUGGAGUAGUGCAUUCAUUUGAUGGUACCAAGGAGGCAGCAGCUGCUUUGAUGGACUUGGAUCUCUAUAUAGGAUUUAAUGGUUGCUCACUGAAAACUGAGGCUAAUUUGGAAGUUUUGAAGUCAAUACCUAGUGAAAAAUUAAUGAUUGAGACUGAUGCACCUUGGUGUGGAGUGAAAAGUACACACGCUGGUUCAAAAUAUGUAAAAACUUCAUUUCCUACCAAAAAGAAAUGGGAAAAUGGACACUGUUUGAAAGACAGAAAUGAACCCUGCCAUAUAAUUCAAAUACUGGAGAUAAUGUCAGCAGUAAGAGAUGAGGAUCCAGUGGAAUUAGCCAACACACUAUAUAACAAUACCAUUAAAUUAUUUUUUCCUGACAUGUAAUUAGUAUGUCUUCCAUUUUUCAUCAUGUAUGUAAAACUUAGUGGAAGUUUCAAUAAAGGAAUUCUCUGGGA